AUGGGGAUCGUUGCGGUAGACGACGAUAUGACAUUAGUGUUAAGUCUUCGAAGCACAUGCAACAUAAUAAUUGCCUUCAUUUGCCUCGGCGAUAUCCUGCAGUUGUCUGGUCUAUACAUAAUGGUGAUCUCCUAUCAUGUCAUUCCCAAUCAUCUUAUGCCCCAAGCCGUUUGCGUUUACUGGCAGAUUAUUCCAGCUUGCGGCAUGUUUUUAACUACUACAUUUCUACUCGGAGUAGCGAUUGACAGUACAUUUCUCACACAGCACUACCAGAAGACCUACAUCUCUAUGCAUAUAGCUCCAGCUCUCGCAAUUUCCCUUUGUUUUGGUAUAUGGAUAUUUAUCGAACGUACUGAAAAAGAGAAAGUGCUCUGUAUCGUUACUGCCACUAUGGUUGAAGAGAUAUAUGAAGUUGUGACAAAAUAUAUAAUGAUAAUGAAUAUACUGAUUAUUGUUUGCUAUGCUCUAUUCUUGUAUUUUAUACGAAAAGCUGCAAUUAGUACUGAUAAAAUGAAGAAUAUAUACAGAUCACUGAUUGUGAGCAGUCUUUCUGUAAUUCUUGGAUGGUUCACUGCAACAGUCAUUGGAACUCUUGCACAAGCUCUUCAUAUCCAUGUUCCUAGAGACGAAGUGAAUCUGUUUGGAGGCAUUUUCCUGAACACAGCCUGUUCCAUCAACAUUUUCGUCUACUACGCCACAAGAUCCACUAUGUCCACUCCUUACAUAUCGCCUGCAUUUCAAGUUUUCUAUAUUGUUAUUCCAACUAUUGGCAUAAUUGGAAACUCAUUGAUAAUAUACGUUACGAUAAUAUCGAAGAGCCUUCGUAGCAGCUGCAACAUAAUCAUUGGGUUAAUUACUUUUGGUGAUAUCUUGCAACUAUUAGGACAGUAUGUGAUGAUCGUAUCGUAUAAUGUGAUUCCUGGCCAUAUGAUGAGAGAAGACAUUUGCGUCUAUUGGCAGCUCGUGCCAGUUUUUGGUACCUUGUGCUCUUCUGUUUUGCUACUCUGUAUAGCGAUUGACAGGCUGAUGUCCGUCCAAAGAUUUUACGCGCUUAUCAUACGAGAUCACGAGAACGCUUACAUACUUAUACAGGUCGCAGUGGCCCUCGCAUUCACGCUACCUAUUUUGGGCUGGAUAUUUGUUGAAAGAUCAGAUAAAACGAACGUACUCUGCAUCAUAACUGCUCCGAUGAUCGGCGAUAUAUAUACGGUGGUGAUAAGGUCUAUCAUGGUGAUGAACGUACUGAUAAUUGCUUGCUAUGUUCUGUUUUUCUGUUUCAUAAGAAGAGCUCAUAUAAGUAACGACAGCAUGAAGCAUCUGUACCGAUCUCUGAUUGUGAUCAGUNACCAUCGGCAUCAGCGUGUUCAAAUCAAAACCGAUUCAGAACAAAGUAACGACAGCAUGAAGCAUCUGUACCGAUCUCUGAUUGUGAUCAGUUUCACAGCUGUGUUUGGCUGGUUCAGUACAACUAUAAUUGGUACUGUUGUACAAGUACUCAAAUUGGAUAUUCCUUAUGCUGACUCAAUGCUAUUGGCUGGCCUUUUCGUCAAUACAGCUUGCGCAAUCAACUUUUUUGUUUACUAUGGCGUCAGCCACGAAUAUCGCCAAGUAUUCCAUGAACAUCUGUUUUGUAAGUGUUUCGGGCCAAAUCAUGCUCUACGUGUUUCACCUACUCCUGCAGCAUCUCAUGAGCACCAUAAUGGAGCACCUUCAACAAAGACAACAGCUGCUGAUACAAAAUCUUAG